GAAACGAAAAAGUUUCUUAAAAAACGAAACGAAUCAAUAAAUUUCGGCUCAUAACAAGAUUGACUCUCGACAAGUUUUAAUAAUCAACAGUGAUUAAAUUGAUCAGUGUUAAAUUGUGUGUGGUUCAAGUUAAUUGUUAAUCAUGAGUGAACAAAAUAAUAAUAAAUUGUCCGAUGAAUUUGUUAAAAUUGAGCAAAAAUGGAAACCAAUGCCAAUUGAAAAAUCCAUUCAAAUGUACAGUGAAUGGAGUGAAAAAUAUGAUUCGGAUAUGGAUGUUUGGCAAUAUGAUUCGCCACAAGGAACUGCUACUCGAUUUACUGAAUUAAAUUUACCAAAGGAAAGUAAAAUUCUUGAUUGUGGAGCUGGAACUGGAUUAUUGUCCCACUUUCUAAAGCCUUUCGGUUACACAAACAUCGACGCUCUCGAUGGGUGUGAAAAGAUGCUCGAAAAGGCCAAAAAGAAAGAUUUGUACAGAAAUUAUUUCAUCUCAUUUGUUGGACCUGAUAUUACACUUCCAAUGGAAGAGGCUACUUAUGAUGCUAUUGUUAUGUGCGGGAUUUUUACUCCAGGUCACUUUCCUAUCGCUUAUGGGACAUUUGUCCAGCUUUUGAGAGUCAUCAAAAAAGGCGGUAUUUUAUCAUGGGGAAUGGCUGAUCCUGAACAUUAUGCCGAAGUUGAUCCUUCGUAUGCGAAUAAAAACUUUGAAAAUUUGAUUAAAAAGUUAGUCGAAGAUAAAGUAUUCGAGAUCGUUGAUGGACACCCGAAAGAACUGCCCACUGUCCAACCAAAGAAAAGGUUUUUCUAUGCUGUUCGAAAACUUUGAUUAUUUAAGCUAAUAAUCUACUUACAUAAUUACUUUAAUUAUCAAGCAUAAAAUAAAAAUUCAAGUAGUUAAAUUCAUCUAGCGAAA